AUGGUUGCCAUCAAGGAAUACGACCAAAGACUAGCUAAGUUGGAUGAAGUCCAAGAAGCAAUAGAAAUUGAUGUAGACGAAGAAGAACUAGAACAACUUUUGGAUGAAGCCCAUGAGUUUAGAACAAAAAGUGUGCAGCCUAGGAUACAAGCUGAAGACCAGAUAAGGAAGUUAGCAGCAGCAGCAGAGGGUCCUGGUUCUAUAAGUGGUCAGUCUUCAUCUCAAGAAUCAGAUGUCACCAACAUCAAGUUACCCAAGCUGGAACUGCCAAAGUUUAGUGGAGAUGCCAAGAAUGUAGUGAAGGGACUAGCCCAUACCAGUGCUAAUUACCCGGUUGCUUGCAAUUUACUGAAGGAACACUAUUACAAGCCAGAAAAGAUUAUUUUUGCUCAUGUCCAGGCAUUGUUAAAUGGUCAAGUCAACAUUAAUGUCAGCGGACCAAAGGGUGUAGCACAGCUGUGGAAAUUACGAGAUGACAUUCUAAUACACAUCUGCAGUUUGGAGGCGCUAGGCGUCACUGGAAAACAGUGUGAAGUGUUUCUUACACCUAUCAUCCUCUCUCGUUUGCCCAGUGAACUGCGGCUAGAGUGGGCCAGGGAUGGUGAUGGACAUGAGAGUGAUUUAGAUUGGUUAUUGACAUUCUUAGACAAGCAAAUUUCAAGAUUAGAAAGGUCUGAAACCUUUAAGGGAAAGAGUAGUAGUGAGGAAAAGAAAAUUAAAAGUAAGAGUUCUAAAGACAAGGUGUACUCAGCCGCAGCUCUUCAUGCUUCGUCCAAGCAAGAAAACACUAAGUGCAGUUUCUGUGGCAAGAAACAUAAAUCAGAAAACUGUUUUGGUGUUCUAGAAUUGAGUGGAAAAGAGCGAGGUGAAAAAAUAAGAAGUUUAGGCCUAUGUUUCAAGUGUUUGAAGAGUGGACACAUGUCAAGAGAGUGUAAAGCUCGUACAAGAUGUACAAAGUGUAACGGUGCCCACUCUACUUUAAUGUGUGGUGUUAGGCAGGAAAUUAAUCUAAAGAAGGAAGAAAGUGAAGCAAAGGUAGGUGCUGUUGGCAGUGACAAGCCUGGUGAUGUGGCACUUCUGACAAGGCAAGGUGGUAACUGUAACAUUUUACAGACAGCCAAAGUUAAAGUAAGUGGUAGUGAUGGUACUGUUGUCACUGCUCAGGUAAUGUUUGAUAAUGGUGCAGACAGAUCAUAUGUUAGUAGCAAAUUUGUGAAGAAGUGUAAACCACAGUGGAUCACUAGUGCACCUAUGCCAUACUCUAGUUUUGGGGGUCAUAGUAGUGGAAAAAAUGAACACAGAAAUGUUUAUGAGUUAGAGUUGUGGGACUCUGACAAGAAAUUGGUACCUAUCAUUGCUGCGGAGAUUCCCAGAAUAUGUCGGCCCUUGGUUAGGCCUGUUGUACCAUAUUCAGUGCUUAACUCUUUUUCUCAUGUUGCAUUAGCUGAUGAUUACCACCAUGAUUCUCCCAUUGAGAUUGAUAUACUGAUUGAUCUAGAUUUCUACUGGGCACUGAUUUCUCCUGUACAUGCCUUCCAAAUUAACCAUGUUGUAGCCAUGAAGUCUGUCUUUGGUUAUGUCUUGAGUGGCAGGCUGUAUGAAACCACUCGCACUUGUACGUAUUCUUUACCACAAUUAUUGUGUAUCUCCUCUGUUUCAGAUUCAGAUUUGUGUAAGUUUUGGGAUCUGGAAACUGCAGGGGUUAAGCCUAGGGAACUUGUUGAAAGUUAUAGUGAGACUAAAGUUUUCAAAGAAUUUGAGAGUAAUGUGAAGUUUGUGAAUGGUCGCUAUGAGGUUGCACUGCCCUGGAAGGAUGAUUCUGCUAAAGAAAAACUUUUGGAUAAUGAAGUCAUAGCCCAUAAAAGGUUAAGUAAGCUAAUGGUUAAGUUAGAACAAAAUAAGGAGCUUAAGAAAGAGUAUCAAAAAGUGUUUGAUAGUUAUGAGUCUGAUCACAUGAUAGAAGAGGUACCAAGGCAGGAAAUUUCAGGUGUGAAUUCUGUGUACUAUAUGCCUCAUCGUCCAGUAGUGAAGUUAAGCAGUUCAAGUACUAAGAUAAGGCCUGUGUUUGAUGCCUCUGCCUCUUGUUACAAUGGUGUAUCAUUGAAUGACUGUUUGUCCUCAGGCCCAUCACUCAACCCUGACUUGGUUGAAAUGCUCAUCCGCUUUCGUCGUUGGCCCAUUGCUGUUACAGCUGAUAUAAGAAAGGCAUUUCUGCUAAUUAGUGUACAAGAGAAAGACAGAGAUGUUCAUAGAUUUUUGUGGCCAAGAGACGAUGGUACAAUACGGCACAUGAGAUUCACACAUGUACCCUUUGGUAACACAGCGAGCCCAUUUCUGUUAAAUGCCACUAUCAAACAUCAUUUGGAUAAGUAUCCCCCCACUAGUGUAGUGCAAGAUUUGAAGGCUAACAUGUAUACAGACAAUUGGUUGAGUGGUGCGGAUUUUGCUGUAGAAGCAGCUGAUAAAUUUUGUGAAGCCCGUAGCAUUUUUGCUGAUGCUAGUAUGGACCUUACAAAGCUUGUGUCAAAUAGUUUGCUGAUUACUUCUCAGUUAUGUGACAAGGUACCCUUUAUAAAUUCUGAUGAACGUAAUACUGUAUUAGGCCUUAAGUGGUGUAACUCACAGGACAGUUUCUCCUUUGAUGGCAUAACUUUAGAUUCUAUUGUGCAAGUAGUCUCUACUAAGCAAAGCAUCCUUAGUGGGAUAACUAAGAUUUUUUACCCUUUAGGAUUAAUUAGUCCAUAUGUUAUGUAUGGCAAGAUACUUUUUCAGGAACUCUGGAAACUGGGUCUGACUUGGGAUCAAGAAAUGCCAUCAGAGUUGAAGCUUAAGUUUCAGAGAUGGCUCCUUAGUAGUCAACAAUUUAAGAAUUUUCAGAUAGAUAGAUGUUAUUUUCCACAAAAAGCCUGGGAGAAGCUUAGACAUAUGGAGCUACAUGGGUUUAGUGAUGCUUCUGAAAAGGGCUAUGGGGCUUGUGUGUACCUGCGAGUACCUGUGGAGAACAGCUCAUAUAAGGUGUCAUUAGUAUCCUCUAAGUCAAGAGUUGCUCCCAUAAAGACAAUUACAUUGCCGAGGUUAGAACUCAUGGGAUCUCUUUUGUGUUCAAGAUUAGUCAACUUUGUGAAGAAUGCCCUUAACCUAGUUAACAGUGUUAGAGUUAGGUAUUGGACAGAUUCUACCAUUGCUCUGUCAUGGAUUCAAGGAGAUGCUAGUAAGAAGGACAUAUUUGUAGCUAAUCGGGUAAAGGAAAUCAGAGAGUUAACACCUCCAAGUUGCUGGCAACAUUGUGGAAGUAAGGACAAUCCAGCUGACCUGAUAACACGGGGUCUUUUGGCGGAUAAUCUUGUGGAUAGUACUAUGUGGUACUAUGGGCCUAGUAUGUUAAAAGACACCCUAUACCAGGAAAGGGAAGGUAACACAGUUGUUAAAGAUAAAGAAGAAAUAAGCACUGAAAGUACUGUUACCUGUCUCAAUGUACAAGGAGUGCCAGAAACCCUUUGA